CCGACCAAUCACAGAUCCCUUACAUCAGAACACUUCCGGUUUGCUCUCAAACUUGCCUUUCCAGUGGAGCGGCUGGUGCGAGCACAUAUCAGAGAAGCCACCACGUAGACCAUAGGCUUAAAAAUCCAUAAAGAUGCCCCCCAAAAAGGCAGAAGCCCCCAAACAGCCUCCUUUAAUUGGACGAUUCGGAACCUCGCUGAAAAUUGGAAUAGUUGGAUUACCGAAUGUCGGGAAAUCCACCUUUUUUAACGUACUGACCAAAAGUCAAGCGGCUGCUGAGAACUUCCCCUUCUGCACGAUCGACCCAAAUGAGAGCAGGGUACCUGUGCCAGAUGAGCGCUUUGAUUUCCUCUGCCAAUACCACAAACCAGCCAGCAAAGUUCCUGCGUUUCUUAAUGUUGUGGACAUCGCUGGUCUGGUGAAGGGGGCCCACGCCGGACAGGGACUUGGAAAUGCCUUUCUCUCUCACAUUGGUGCUUGUGACGGCAUCUUCCACAUGACCCGUGCAUUUGAUGAUGAGGAUAUCAUCCACGUGGAGGGUAAUGUCGACCCAGUGAGGGACAUUGAGAUCAUCCACGAGGAGCUGCGACUAAAGGACGAAGAGCUGAUCGCUCCGGUCAUCGACAAACUAGAGAAAACUGCUGUGAGAGGAAGCGACAAGAAACUCAAACCUGAAUAUGACAUCAUGUUGAAGGUUAGGAACUGGGUGGUGGAGGAGAAGAAACACAUCAGAUUUUACAACGACUGGAACGACAAAGAGAUUGAGGUGUUGAACAAAAACCUGUUUCUGACAUCCAAGCCCAUGAUCUACCUGGUGAAUCUCUCCGAGAAGGAUUACAUUAGGAAGAAGAACAAGUGGUUGGCAAAAAUCAAGGAGUGGGUAGACGCUCACGACCCUGGCGCUCUGGUUAUUCCUGUGAGCGGAGCCAUCGAGUCUAAACUGUUCGACAUGGAGGAGGAGGAGCGGAAUAAGUACUGUGAAGAACAGAAGACGCAGAGUGUUCUGACCAAAAUUAUCAAGACCGGCUACGCAGCACUACAGCUGGAAUACUUCUUCACAGCAGGACCGGAUGAGGUGCGGGCGUGGACUGUCAGGAAAGGGUCCAAGGCCCCACAGGCAGCAGGAAAGAUCCACACUGACUUUGAGAAAGGUUUCAUCAUGGCUGAAGUGAUGAAGUACACUGACUUCAAAGAAGAGGGCAGUGAAGUUGCAGCCAAGUCUGCCGGGAAAUACAGGCAACAGGGCAGGAACUACACUGUGGAGGACGGGGACAUUAUCUUUUUCAAAUUCAACACACCCAACGCACCUAAAAAGAAACCUUAAAGCGCACAAUCACCGGAGUGGAGAACUCAGAAUACAGUUCAGUUCAGCCUAAAGAGUUACACUUUCUGCUGGUUUUUAUAUGUGUCUCUUAAAUUAGUGGACCAGCUCAUGGCUUGGAGGUUUUCUCAACCAGCCUCCCAGGUCUGGACCAGUCUAUUGAAAUAAUUCAAGACAAUAAAUGUUCCUGUUCAGGAAUAACUUGCAUUCCUACAAAGUUUUGAGCAACUUGUUUGACUGGCUGUGCAAAAACAUGUCUGAAACACGAGAUUCUGCUUUGUAUGACCUCAGGAAAAAAAGGUGUAAAUGUAUAGACAGAUGCAUGAUUUACAAGAAAUCAUCUGAUAUCACAAACUGAUGCUACUUAUAUGAUCUUUUUUUUAGGGCAGGCCUUUUCUAGAUGUUUUUUGAACUUGAGCUCUAACUCACACACAGAGGAGACAUUUUGUUUGCUCUUUUCCCCAUCAAACAAUAUUCACUUCCUCUGAGAAGAGCCUGCAAUUCAGUCAUUACUAUUAAAAGACCUCCAAAAUGAAUAACCAAUAAAGUCUAACGUCAUUAAAACUCUUUAGAAGAGUUACUUAAAACAGGCAGACAUGCUCAGUUUGUUUAACAGAUCUGGAAACAUUAAAACCUGAAAAAAACAAGACGAUGAGUGAGAGCAAUACACAGCAUAUGUAUUUGCCCAGUUAGCAAUGAUUGAGUAAAGUCAGAAUUUGAUUACAACCUCUUUUUUUCUCAGUUCAUUCAUGUUUUUUCUCAAGUUAAAACAAAAAUCUUGUCCAAUGAUGCUAUAAAACAGUGUAACAAGAUGUUUGACUGCUGCUGUGUGUACUACUGAGAGACACUGAAGCCAUCAGUCCGUGUAACACUACAGGUCAGAACUGUGCUGUAUUGUGAGAUAAAAAUAGUAUUUCGGAGAGAGGAAAUCAGGCGUCCCUGACAGUGCCUGAACACAGAAUGUUGUAAUUUCUGCUAUCACUGGCUUCUUUUGGGCUAGUUAAAAAAAAAUCCACAAAAUACUUCUUGACAUUAUGAGCUUCACUUGUCACAUUGAGACACUGCUUCUUCAGAAAUCAACUACAGGAGGGCUCCAUGGAUCAUCAGCUUCUUUGAACUCUCCCUUUUCCCCUACACGGUGGGUCUUUCUCUAUUUUCCAGAGCAACAAACAAACCUCUCACCAAACAUUUUUCCAAACUGUGGAAUAAGCUUGAAAUUCUGAACACCAAGGGAGCCAAAAUAUAAUAAAUGUCUACCCCAUCAAUAUGCAUGUGUCAAUAAAAGGUGAUGAACCCGUC